GGGAUGAGCAGGGACCCUGGGAUGAGACGCGCUCUGUGUGUGAGUGUGUUCGUGCGUUGGUGUGUGCGGCCUGCGACCGGGAGACCUGGGGGAGACAUCUCCACUGCUGCACUGCGACAGACGCGGACACGUAGACAGACAUAGACGCAGACGGACGGUCUAUCAGAGAGAGAGAGAGCGCGCGCGAGAGAGAUACAGGAGAGAAAGCAGAGGAAGAUUUUGACCUUUUGAGUCUGAGAGGAGAGCGUGUCUCAAGUGGUCGAGCAUGGCGAGCCAGACGUUUAUUGACCGGGAGAAGCAGCUGCUGGAGAUGGUUUCUGCGCUCGGGGCGAAGAUGUCCGACAGUGACCUGCGCAGCGUCUCCAGCUCCACCGAUGGGAAACAUGCCGCCACGAGUCUCAACUACCGCAAACUUCUCGAGUGUCUGAGCCGCAUUGGGGAGAAGGAGGAAGACAUUCGCAAAGUCUUCCUGCAGCUGGACAAGGACAACAGCGGAUACAUCGAGUGGAACGAGCUCAGGUAUGUGACAGCGGUCAUCACUGGGGAGUUGAGCAAGAAGCUGAGUGACCUGGAGACAGACCAAAUCCUCCAGGUGAUCGACAGCAACCAGGACGGGCGCAUCGACUUUGACGAGUUCAGCGCCCUCGUCAAGGAAGGCGCCGCCAUGAAGAAGUGAUUCCACGCGUCGCCGCCCAUGAUGAACCACGACCACCCCCUCUCUGCCCCCCCCUCUCCCCCCCCCCGUGCGCCCAGCAAUUACACUCGCGUCGUAAAGGUGGUGACGUUUGCUGUCGCGCUGAAACAUCUUACUCCUCCUCCUAUUCUUCUUCUAUUCUUCUUACUACUCCCCCACUGGACUAGCGGUGAAAAAGAGCUUCAUAGCUCCUCGGAUUCCUCCUGUGUCAAUAUUUCUGAGUUAAGCUGGAAAACUGCCGGAACGCUGUACCAGCCCGGGUGGGAGGUUUCUUUUGGCACCCGCCACAUCCGUGUCGCGUUCGCUUGUCCUCGUGAAAGUGGUUGUGUGUGUGAGGCGGUGGUGGUGGUGGUGGUGGCGUUGGUGGUAAUUGAUGGCGGUGGUGGUGGUGUGCAUAGCACGUGCCUUAACGAGUGCCUGGGGGUCACCAGAUGGUGACCUCGGAGUGACGGUAGCUACAUUUAACCUUCGCUCGCGCUUAAAAGAUUUACCGCGUUUAAUGAGCGCGCGCACAAUGCCUGCGACGUCGAUUUCACCCGUUCUGGAAAAUAUUGGCCGAGGAAUUAAACCCUGGCGGUGGCGGCGGCGGUGGUGGUAGUUGUAUAGCAGCUAGGAAUAGUGGUUGCCGUUGUUGGGUUUAUUUAACCGCGUGGGAGAACCAGGGUAGGAGACGGUGGGGGAAGAGAUUGGUCAAGUUGGGAGAAAAAAAAGUAUUUAUUUAUUUUAGCGGAUUAUUUUUUGGUUUAACCCUUAGUAGUAGUAGUAGGCUUUCGCGACAAAUAUUAUCCAUAAUAGGGGCUUUUUAUGUUCGAUCGCGUAAAAUAUAAAUGCGUGGUUAAACCCGCCACCACCCGGCACGGCCAAUUAGUAAGCUUGUGCCACGUCAACAAAACGUGCGCCGAUUCGUUACCAGUCUUGAUCUGAGGCUUUCGUGACUGCAGGAAUCCAUACUCUUUGGUUCUUUCGGUAAAGUCACGUAGUUAGAAAGAAAAUAAAUUAAAACAAAAUAAAAUAAAUUUAAUUUUUUUUUCUAAAUACGUGACUUUACCGAAAGAACCAAAGAGUAUGGAUUCGUUACCAAGCUCGGCACACCGGUUUGUGUGUUGCAGAGUAAACACGCUGCAACGCUCACAAUUUGAGUAACCACAACGCUUCUCCGGUAAGAUGACAACAACCGGCAUCGUCAAGGGACAGUCGCAGAGUUGCGGAGAAAUCCUCCUCCUGUUUCGGUCUUCAAUAGAGGGAUAGAGGUGGUGGUGGUGGUGGGAAACAGGAGACGGCUUUAGCAGGAUACUGGUGGAAACGUGAAUCGCCGCUCGCACGUGGUGCUUCCUACUCACUGCUCGUGCGCGUGUUCGAUUGCAGUCACGGCUCUUGCCCCCGCUAGGGGCCUUCAUUCAAACAGCCGAGUGCUCCACUGUGCCAGGAUGAAACCGCGGUGAGCGUGGCUAGAGAACAGAGGGGGGGGGGGCACCUUCGACGCAAAGUAAUGGAGAGCUUUUUGCCGUCGUUUUCGCCCCACCCGAAAGCCACGGGCGAACUCAAAAAGAAGCCUCCGGUUUAACAAAAGGAACCCGGGAUGGAUGGAUGGAUAGGGGGUGGUGGGGUGGAUGGGUAGGUGGGAAUUCAGUGCGAAAUAAAUUAUCUUAACAAUUACGACGAUCAAUCCGCUCGCAACAAACCCCCGCACAUUCGUCAAUAACAUUGUUUGUGGCUUUACAAAAUAAAUAGGCGACGUUUUGGGCAAUGACCCUUCUUCACAGUACUUCACAACACAAUCGUUGUUUUAUUCUGCUUCUAUGCAAUCAUUGGUGACCGGGCUGAUGUCAUCCAAACUCGCUGCACUGACCUGAGCCCCCUUGUUUAUUGACAAGCCAGUGCUGGAUGACCCCCCCCCUCCCCCAUUGCGUGCAGGUAGAGGAGUAGUGUGGGGGGGGGGGGGGUUAGUGACCACACCGAAACCCACACCGUGACCGCCGCCGCAGGGUGGUGAGGGUGCUGCUCACAGCGCCACGCCCCGACCCCCCGUGUCUGCGCAAGGCGGUCACCCAGAUCCGAGCAACAUCACUCGGAUCCGAGCGUGCACCACCCAAUCGUCCGUUGGCCAACGACACCUUUAUAUACAGAGGACCGCAGAGCUUGCGGGGAGGGAGACGGGGAGGAUUUGGCAAAAGGAUCGCUGCUGUUGCUGCUUCCUUCCCGCGUCGUCUGCGGUUCCUCCUCGCGUGUCUGAGUCGUCCCCUCCCUCUCUCCACCCCCCUCGCUCUUUCGCUCCAACAGCGAUCGGAUACUGACCGAUGCGGUGGCGCGCAACGAGUUGAAUUUAAUAUCGUCGAAUGUGAAUUCGAUGCUCUGCCGGUGCAGCCUGGUGAACGGCAUGAAACAUGAGCCGGGCUCGAUCCCAGCUUCAGCUUGCGAGAUCUCUGCUGCUGCUGCUGCGGCCACCCUUACUGCUUUGUCUGCGUUCCUCCUCAUCCUCCCUCCCUCUCUCUUCAACAGAGAGCGACGGAGCGCUACGAGUCGGAGUAACUGCUACGAUGUAAAAAAAAACAAUUUCAACAAAGCUCAACCCCGCUUUAGCUUCCCAGAUCUUGACGGGAGCGGUCGCAUGCCGAGCGACUUGGUCAGAGGCGCUUGCCCCACGUGAUGGCACCGAGACAUUGACAACUUUAUUUUCUGCUGAACUGAAAACUGAAUUUUGUGUGUGUUUAGUUUGUUAAUUCCACCCCCCCCCUCACAGCUCUGCACCUCUGAUGAGCACGGUUGGCUACGUACGGUGCGAAAGAGGAUUAUGAGUACACAUACGAUCAGAGUACACGCAUGUAGAUAUAUAGUUUGUGUGUUUACUAUGUUACUUGAGCCAGGUGGUAAGGAUUGGGCAAACAAACAGAAAAGCUGGUUCACAUUUUUCACCCAGGACAACCUCACGUUCAAACGAACGAAGCCACAUUUAAGAUUGACAGUCAAGGGACAAACAACAUUUUUACAUAUUAUAAAAACGUUACUUUGUUGGUGACACGUGCAUGGAGACGAUUGUAUUUGCCGUAGAGGAAUCGAUUCGUUGUAGACGAAUGGCUGUAUAUGUGUGCAUGUGUUACGAACUCGCUCUUAUUAAUAUUAUUUGUUCGCUGUAGAUUAAUCAUUGUAUAUGAUCGAUUAAUUUUAUAAGAGAUAACGAGGUGUGUGUUUGCGCUUACACAAGAAUGUUGUUGCUGUUCCAAAGGCGAAUGCGUCAAGGCCGGAGAUCCCCCCCCCGCACGCGUUGAUUAAACUACAUUUGUUGACUGAA